CGAUUGCUGGAUUACAUGCCCCAAAGCAAGCAUGGGGCUAUUAUUUGGACGACACGUGAUCGCAAGGUGGCCACAACGGUUGCUCGAGAGAAUAUAGUACCGGUACCGGAGAUGGAUGAGUCAGGGGCCUCAGAGAUCAUGCGGAAGUAUCUGGCGAUUUCUGCUUUAACUAAAGAUGAUGAAUCUUCUUUGUCAACUUUGCUGCAGGAGCUUACCUAUCUUCCACUGGCAAUUGCUCAAGCCGCGGCAUACAUCAACGAGAUGAAAAUAUCUCUUACAGAGUAUAAAAAACUCUUAUCCGACCAGAACAAUGCGAUUGAGCUUCUGAGUGAAGAUUUCGAAGACGGCGGCAGAUAUAACGAUAUUGAGAAUGCCGUGGCCAAGACAUGGCUUAUUUCGUUCGAACAGAUCCGUCGCCGCAGUUCUCUUGCCUUUGAACAUCUGGCGUUUAUGGCCUGUGUGGACCCGAAGAAUAUCCCUCAAUCACUUUUGCCAGAUUCUGAGGGAUUGUCGCGGAAGAAGAAGACUGACGCGAUCGGGAUCUUAGACGCAUUUUCAUUUAUCGCAAAACGUACGGAUGGAUUGGCAUUUGACAUGCAUCGUCUGGUCCAUCUGGCCAUGCGAGGGUGGCUUAAAAGAGGCAAACAACUGUCUGACUGGGAUCGAAAAGCAGUCCUACGACUCAGUGACUUGUUAUCAAAUGUCAGCCAGACAAAUCGAACAUUGUGGCGGGUAUACAUACCGCAUGCACAAUACGCUGUGAAUAGAAAGAACAACAGCUGUGAGGAUGUUAUUAACCUUGCACAGAACUGUGGGCUCUGCUUGUACUACGACGGACGAUACUUUGAAGCAGAGAAACUGUAUCAAAAGGUUCUUACUUAUCGGGAGAGAAUGCUGGGGCGUGAGCAUCCAGACACACUCACCAGCGUCAACAACCUUGGUUGGGUCCUUUCCUACCAGGGCAAAUAUGAAGAGGCAGAAGUCAUGUACCGACGAGCAUUACAAGGCCGAGAGAAGUUGCUGGGGCCCGAGCAUCCAGACACACUCGCCAGCGUUAACAACUUUGGUUUAGUCCUUUACAACCAGGGCAAAUAUAAAGAGGCAGAAGCCAUGCACCGACGAGAUUUAGAAGGGUGUGAGAAGGUGCUGGGGCGCGAGCAUCCAGACACACUCACCAGCGUCAACAACCUUGGUUGGGUCCUUUUCUGCCAGGGCAAAGAUAAAGAGGCAGAAGCCUUGCAGCGACGAGCAUUACAUGGCCGAGAGAAGGUGCUGGGGCCCGAGCAUCCAGACACACUCGACAGCGUUAACAACUUUGGUUUAUUCUUUUCCAACCAGAGCAAAUAUGAAGAGGCAGAAGCCAUGCACCGACGAGCAUUACAUGGCCGAGAGAAGGUGCUGGGGACCGAGCAUCCACACACACUCGACAGCGUUAACAACUUUGGUAUAUUCUUUUCCAACCAGAGCAAAUAUGAAGAGGCAGAAGCCAUGCACCGACGAGCAUUACAUGGCCGAGAGAGGGUGCUGGGGCCCAAGCAUCCAGACACACUCACCAGCGUCAACACUCUUGGUUCAGUUCUUUUCAACCGGGGCAAAUAUGAAGAGGCAGAAGCUAUGCACCGACGAGCAUUACAAGGCCGAGAGAAGGUGCUGGGGCCCGAGCAUCCAGACACACUCACCAGCGUCAGCCAACUUGGUUCAGUUCUUUCCAAACAGGGCAGAUAUGAAGAGACAGAAGCCAUGCACCAACGAGUAUUACAAGACCGAGAGAAGGUGCUGGGCCUUGCGCAUCCAGAAACACUCACCACUGUCGAUAACCUUGGUUGGGUUCUUUCCAACCAGGGCAAAUAUGAAGAGGCAGAAGCUAUGCCCCGACGAGCAUUACAAGGCCGAGAGAAGGUGCUGGGACCCGAGCAUCCAGACACAAUCACCAGCUUCAAUGACCUUCGUCAUGUUAUUCCGCAGCAGAAGAGAUAUGAAAAGGAGGCCGCGCACUGACAACAUUUCAGAGAUUGUAUUUUUGUGUAUUCAUAUGACUCGCCCUUUUUAGCACUGUUCCGUUCGCAUAAACUUGGUGUAUUCGGCCGAUUACUCUAUCUUGGGUCCCUUUUAAUUCACAUACAUAUUUUCACAGUCAACUAUCAUUUCUCAUUUUCCUUUCAACAUCGUACCAUACGUAUGUACUCAGUUGCUAAAGACAAAGUUUUCGUAUUACCUUCUCCUGAUAACAUGAAAAUUACUAGCCUGACAGACGGCCUCCCGCUAGCGUUCCCGCUCUGGGACCAUUAACAAAGAAGAACAGUGUUCGCAGCGGAAGCUGAUUUAGCUAGGUUGUGUACAAAGCCAGCAAAAAAAGAUCAAGCACUUCCAAGACUACCUUGCCUGUAACAAGAAG